UUAACAAAGUAUUGAGAGGCUGCAUCUAUAUAUAUAUAUGUAUAUAUAUAUAUGUCAUUCAGUGUGAUGUGAAUUUUCCUGUGAUACGAUUAAUCCGAAAUUUUUAAUUGCGGAUUUUCGAAUGAGAAAGAAUAGGUAAUCGAAGACGGAAGUAAGACAGCCGAAGAUAAUUAGAUAAAUUUCGAUGACUAACUGGUGGCUAAGGUGGAUAUUACAGCGAAGAUAAGAUCUUUGCGAAUCGUGCAACUCUUUAAUUGCAGAAGUAAUUACUGCAUACCAUUCAGUGCAAUAACGAUGACGACCUUAGACUCACAGACCGAUAAAACUUUAAGCAAUCUUGAUAAGCUUUCUAACACGGAGCUAGCUGAAAUUCCAUCCGAUCAUGGACUUCCUGUUGGAAUAAGCCCGUUGGAAUCUCGGGUAGCCGGACAUCCGUCGUUAGACAUCGAACGGCAGACGAUUGGCAUGUUACGUAGAUCAGACGGCCGUGUAUAUAAACCUGUUGUUAAACCGUUACUUGGGAAAAGAGAAAUCUCGUUUUAUGAAAAUUUACAAAUAUCUCAAGAUCCUGUUAUGUUACAAUUGAAAAAUUAUGUUCCAAGAUAUUACGGCACAACAGAGUUGCAAAUUUUUGGCAGACGAGUAACAUUCCUUACGCUGAAAGAUAUUACCGAUGGUAUGGCGGAACCGUGCGUGAUGGAUAUAAAAAUAGGUAGACGAACGUGGGACCCUUUAGCCACGCCAGAGAAAAAAGCAACCGAAGAAUUAAAAUACGCCGAAUCUAAACGCACUUAUGGAUUCUGUAUAACCGGCUUUCAAGUAUAUUGCGUUUCUUCCGGGCAAUUAAAACAAUUUGGCAAACAUUACGGCAAGACUCUCGAUGCUAAAGGUGUCGUGGAAGCGCUGAAAAUCUUCCUGAAUAUAAGUCCAGAAAGACCGCCCUGUCGUCAAUUGAUCGUGAUGCUGCUCUCUUUCUUGUGGAAGAUCUUACUAUUCUUUCGUAUCCAGCGGUUGUUCCGCUUUUAUUCUAGUUCUUUGUUGGUGGCAUAUGACGCAAAAAGAUUGCGGCAUUAUCUCCGCCUAAAUAACACGAAUAAAUUACCCAGCCACGUAUCCACGUCAUUUUCCUCCACAAAUAACCAUACAACUACAUCAAAUGUGUUCAAACACAUGAACGACGCGACAAGUAAUUCAGUUUCGAGUAAUAUCGAAACUAAUAGGAAUCGGACGAUGGAAAGGGUACAUUUCAUUAAAAGGAGCAUCAGCUUGAGCGGCGAGUACGAUUCAUCAGGAAAGGAAAAAACUCUGAGCAGAAGCGAAUCGUGUAGUCCAGACUUUAGAGUUGAUCGACUGUGUCGAACGCAUUCUUACGUAAACAACUUUGACGACGACAUUAUAAGAAUCAAGGAGGACUACGAUGAUCUAUUGAACGAGCUUACUAGUUCCAUGGAAGAGAAACAAAAUUGGGUUAGAAUUAAUAUGAUUGACUUUACGCAUGUCUUCCCAGCAGAGGAUCAAAAUACUCUGGAUUUAAAUUAUUUAGAAGGAAUCGAGAACUUGAUCAAACUUGUGGAGAUGUUCCUGAUCUCUAAGGAUAUCACUGCAUGAACUAUAUGUAUUUAUUGCAACGUAGGAAGUUGUUGUUACAAAUUUUCUUUUAAAUCGCAAUACGAGAUGUUAUAUAAUUGUAUUUUAUAUUCUUUAAUAAAAUUAGAUUGAUUUUUUGACGUUAGGUCAGUGAUAAACCGAAAGUUGUAACUCGUGAUAAUGCAAUGCACAUUACCGUGUGAAUUAAAGUGCGAGAUUAGGAACGUUUCGUGAAAGCUUAUCAAUUGUUGCGACGCGACAAUCCUAAAACGAGCGGUAAAAUAUUUAUCGAUAUUUCAAAGCUUUCACGAAAUGUGUCUUAAAUGUAUCCGUAAUUGGAUAUAAUGGAAACAUUGAAAACUGAAUGUUAAUUAUUUCGCACCAAAUAUAACAACAUUUAUAAUGCUCUCAUUUUUUCGGUGCACCAUUCACUUGUCGAUAUUCCACCUUAUUAAAGACCAUAUUCGUUGGUUUUACAUACAUGGUCGUACAUAUAUGUAUAUUCGUCAUUCACGCAACCAUUGUUGUAGUCAUUGAUUGUUCGUAUUAAUUCGUAUCAUUUCUUUUCUUAUGUUCUUACCAUGCAAAUAAGAUUCUAUAAUCAUACACUUACUAAACACAAAAAUUGUUAUGUUAAUAUAAAUACAAAACAUACAAGUGUUAAUG